AUGGAUACCACACGCAAGAAUACGCUGGUCGUUGAUUUCAGCGUACUGCCUGUACGGGUCAAUGCAGCAGAAGUGCACAAAUUUCUCGUGAACAACAUUCAACUUGAUAUCACAAAAGUGAAGAACCUACAGCUACAUAGCAUCCGAAAACAAGUUUUUAUUGAGUUCGGUAGCAUGGAUACAGCAGAAGCAUUGGCUGCUUCGCAUAACCUGAAGCACUCGAUUCAAGUAGAAGCAAAAAAGUUUCUAAUUCCUGUCUUCAUGGAAGAUACCUCCACCAAUGUGAGAAUUCACGAUUUGCCACCCGGAAUGCCAAAUGCUAUCGUCGCAGAGCACAUGAAGCAAUAUGAACGUGUGAAAUCGGUUGUUCGUGAACUAUGGAAGAAAUACUUCCCUGGAACACCCAACGGAGUUCGUGUCGUUCGUAUCGAACUGGAUAAACAUGUUCCGUCAUACAUCCAAAUUCAAAACCAGAUGACUUCGGUGUCUUACCAAAAUCAGCCGACCACUUGCCGAAGCUGCUCGCAACGGUCGCACCCAAACAUGAAGUGCUCCCACGCUGGGAAAGCGAAAAAGCGAAACAAUGCCACUGAUACUGAUGCUGCUGGACCAUUGCAGCGGCGAAGCAAUCCACCACUUCACAACCAAACCAACGACAACGACGAUAAGGCUGAUGACGGCAAAGCAGAACCAACGAGACAAACGAAAAGAAAACGCAAUGCCAAAGAAACGCAAGUGUCUGAUACAAUCGACAUGGAUUGCGCUGUUGAGGAGAUAGAGACCAAUGAAGACACAACGCAAACGGACGGGACGGAGGACUGGACUGUCGCCGUUCCGGACGUCGUGGAAGCUGCCAAGGAUGCCGACAUUCUCAUCUUCGUCGUGCCCCAUCAGUUCAUCCGGGGUCUGGGCGCCCAGCUGCUCGGCAAAAUCAAAACCACCGCCGUGGGUCUCUCGCUGAUCAAGGGCUUCGACGUGGCCGAGGGCGGCGGUAUGGAGCUGAUCUCCCACAUCAUCACCAAACACCUCAAAAUCCCCUGCUCGGUGCUGAUGGGUGCCAAUCUGGCCGGUGAGGUCGCCGAGGAAAAGUUCUGCGAAACCACGAUCGGCUGCCGGGACAUGAAGAUCGCCCAGACGCUGCGGGAUCUGUUCCAGACGCCGAACUUCCGGGUCGUUGUGGUGGAUGACGUCGAUGCGGUGGAAAUUUGCGGUGCCCUGAAGAACAUCGUUGCGUGCGGGGCCGGCUUCGUGGACGGCAUGGGACUGGGCGACAACACCAAGGCGGCCGUCAUCCGGUUAGGGCUGAUGGAGAUGAUCAAGUUCGUGGACGUGUUCUACCCGGGCAGCAAACUGUCGACGUUCUUCGAGAGCUGCGGUGUGGCGGAUUUGAUUACCACUUGCUAUGGCGGCCGUAACCGUAAGGUAUCGGAAGCGUUCGUGAAAACGGGAAAAUCGAUCAAGCAGCUCGAGGACGAGAUGCUGAACGGCCAGAAACUGCAGGGUCCGAUCACCGCCGAGGAGGUCAACUUCAUGCUGAAGAACAAAGGCAUGGAAGACAAAUUCCCGCUGUUCACUGCGAUUCACAGAAUCUGCACCGCGCAAAUCAAGCCCCAGGGCUUCCUGGACUGCUUACGUAACCACCCGGAGCACAUGAAACAACGAGCCAAACUCUAAAUCAUAUUGAAAAACACACUAAACGACUAAUCUAGUACUACCUACCUACAAGAUAAGAAUCACUCCUUCGCGGCACGCACACAUGUAUACACAUGCUUUGUACUGUCAGAUCCAGGUUCACAUCACGCGUGAAUGCGAGGGGGCGUGUGUGUAUGUGUAGACGUGCAAUUUCCAAAAAAAAAACUCGCUCUUACUCUAGUACUACUUUUUCCGAUAACGCGUAACUGAAGUCUGUCCGAUUUGUUCCAUAUAAAGUCUGUCGAAACCAGCAGAAAAUAUCAAGAUGCUAAUGUAUUUCUAGUGCGUUUUAGAACCAGUUAAUUGUUCCUUUGUUGCCAUAAGAAAGUCGUUUAACAAACUAGCCUAGCGGUUGUAUGAGUGAGUAAGCGAGAGAGAACGAGUCACUUUAUCGGAUGCAAGCUAGUACUGCAUUUAUAAAUAAUCCAUAAACCUAAAAACGAUCGUUCAAAGAAAGCUAUUCGUUCCACAUUUAAAACUCCUAAAACACUUACACUGAAAUUUCUGUGUACCGGAACGCUGCAGCCGCAGUUAGAGUGUGUGCUUUUCCGUUAAGUUAGGUUAAAACAGAACGCAUUUUAUCUAUUUUUUAUAACAAAACAUAAAACGAAAACCAAAACAGUAAGCUCAUGGUAAAAUGGUGAAUAAAA